GAUUUAAAUAGUCCGAGACAUAGGAGCGUCGUCAUUAACCUCCCUUUUUCGGACAUCAUAUAUCUGCUCGUGAUAAUGAGGUCUUUGGAGGAUUCUAGAAAGAGGUGGCAGGUGACGAUAAAGUCCGCAUCUAACUUGACCGAACUCAAGAAAUCACUGAGGAUCGAUGGAGAAAACAGUCCUUGCGACGGAGGGUUGAGAUCUAUCUGUUGGAAGACAUUUCUGUUGUUUCAAAACACAGAGAUCACAGGUUGGGCACGAGGACUUGAGGAUUCACGAAGUGCUUAUACCUCUUUGAGAGAACAUUUCUUGAGAUUUAUCGAACAUCCAAACAAUCUAGGGUCUUCAUUAGAUCCUCUGGAUGAUGAUAAACACUCACCAUGGAAUACCCUUCGGAAAGAUGAAGAGAUUCGUGCCGAAAUAUUUCAGGAUAUUGAGAGAUGCAUGCCAGAAGAACCAUACUUCCGUCGAGCCGACAUUCAAAGGCUCAUGCUAGAUGUAUUAUUUAUCUUUUGCAAAAUCAACCAGGAUGUAGGUUAUCGUCAGGGCAUGCAUGAGAUACUGGCUCCAAUUCUAUGGGUAGUGGAGCAAGAUUCUAUUGACCCCGGAGACAUCAAUAGUGACUCGGCCGAAUCAGAAACAGAUUCACCAGAUUCGAUUAUGAAGCAGUGUUUAGAUCGUAAAUUCAUCGAGCACGACGCCUUCACUCUCUUGUCUUUAGUCAUGAGAUCAGCAAAGUCAUUUUAUGAGUUAGGUGACCCUGGUCAAAGAACCCCUCAAAUUGGUGGCGGAACACCUCAGAAUGGCGCAUCUCCUAUUGUUGAAAGGAGUAAGCGAAUUCAUGAAAUAUACCUGGCUCGUGUAGACCCGCGACUAGCCAAACAUCUUACAGAUAUUGAGAUUCUACCACAGAUAUUCUUGAUACGUUGGAUUAGGUUGCUCUUCGGGCGCGAGUUUCCUUUUGUCGAUCUACUAUCAGUGUGGGAUACUCUUUUCGCUGAGGAUCCAGAAUUAGAUCUUGUGGAUCUCAUAUGUGUAGCAAUGCUACUUCGAAUUCGUUGGCAACUAAUGGAAUCGAACUACUCGCUAGCCUUAAUGCUUCUACUCAAAUAUGAGUGCCCUCCAAAUCCUCAAACAUUCGUCGAUGAUGCAAUCUUCCUACGAGAUAAUUUCAAUGCUAGUGGCGGAUCCCAGAUUAUCCAUAAAUAUAGUGGGAAGUACCCACAGCGAGAUAAAUCGUCACCACCACCUGAUGCUCCUCUUGAAGGCAGCCUCAGCCCCAGACAGCUGCUCAUGCGAAAUAGAUCCUCAUUGACCACCCCUGCUCGAUUUUUACAACAGCAAGGAGGCGUUGAGGCGUUGAUUCAAGGUGCUGCAAAAGGUGUUUACAAUAGGGGAGAGCGUCUUGGCAUUAAUCAAGCUGUGCGCGAUGCAAUGGAAGAAGUGAAGAAGAAUAUGCAAGGGCUACAAACCCCAAGAAGCAACAAUUCUCCUAGGAGGGCUAGUGGUGCUUCACGAUGGUCUCUUGAUGAUGGGCGUGUAAUGCCUGCCUCGACAGCUAUCAUGGCAACAAUGAACGAAAGGAACAGGCAAUUGGCUGUCAUGCUAGAUCAUGCAAUGAAAGAUCUGAGAUCUGUUUCUGUGUCAGAAGAAAGUAACCGAGAAAAGUGCAUUGAGGCAAUGGAAAUGGCUAUUGCUAAAGUUGAUUUCGUAAAAGUUUACUUGGAGGACUCUACUAUGCCACUUCCAAUUCUUUCACCAAAUAUCAAUAGCAGAAAUGAACCUGCCAAACCAGAAGCGGAUACACCGAAAGUUUUAUCUCCGCCAAUCUCAGAUCACAGGCAGACAUCUUCACCAGAAACUCCCACCAUAACUUCGGACCCAGGCAAUGCUCUGACAAAAGAUACAAAUGACCUAGACGAGUCAUCCAUAUCAACGCCUGACAUUAGUCAAGCUUCAAGGGAAGCAAUUGAUCUCUCCUCAAACGAGCGGUCUACAAUUAUCGAACCCAAAAUGGAAAGAGAAGAUAUGAGGUCUGCAACAACCGAGAGACCCGAAGCACCAAUUCCCACUAGAUCUUCGAUUGCUCAAUCAUCGUUCUCCUGGAUGCUAGAACCAGAUCAAGCAUCUAGCCCCACGGCAAAAUCAUCACCCCCAAAGAGUUCUUCCCCAUUUUUAAGAACUGGAAAGCGACCUACAUCCGGUGCUGGUCGAGAAAAGGCAGCGUUUCUGUUUGGGGAUGACGACGGUGACUUCCAACUUCCAAUACCAAAAUCUCCAAUGCCAAACGCGGAAGAAGCCUUCAAGCUAGGAACAUUAAAACGAAUAAAAGAGAAAGUCGAUGAACAUACGGAUGAAUAGUAUGGUUAUAUUAUCUCUUUUGUCUACUCAACAACACACUUCAUGAUUGGAUUCAUCAGUAAACGCGAAUCCAUCAAUACACGAAUGACGACGGGGCAUUGAAUUGAUCACUUGUUGCAAGCCAUCUAUGAAAUAUGAUAGAAAAAGGACGAAUGGGGUGAUCACCUAACAUCAGCUGCGAGCCUGACCUUUUUUCGAACGUCGGAUAGCAGAACACUACUGCAAGCUGGCAAUGCAGGUAUACGCGAAAUGUAGGAAGCCUCCAAUUCGUCUAGGUAUUUAAGUAACACCAGUUGAAACUGGCUGCUCAUCAUAUUUCGUAACUGGCUCCGACAAUCGCUCGAAGCAGGAUUUGCAAAGCCCAAGACUAAUGAAUGUCAUCGUCGGAAUAUGGGCCAGCGUUGUAAAUAUAGGAAUGAUCAUGAGAGGUCGUCAACAUCAAAUUGUUUCAUAUGGUUAACGAAAUUAAGAAGUAUACAUGUCAUGUUUCCCAACCUAUUCAUUCAUACUGUCUUUGAUGUUGGUUUGACCAUGGAGAGGAGUCAUGUACAGGUGACUAUAAGCCCUUUCUCCAUCUGCGAUUGUUCCCCUAUGAAGUUUGCCUUCCAUGUCAAAAGAAGUAUAUAAAGCAUUUGAAUCUUAAGAGCUCGAGCUCUCCUUGACCAUUCGCCUUAGUUCGAACCCUUGAGAAUGCUCGGGGGGUGAUUUGCUAUUGAUGACGUUAAGGCACCACAAGUAGAUACACCAUAUACCAAUGAUAUCAAAAGAACACUGUCAGCCUUCCUGUCAUUGUUAUUUACAUGCACAACAAAGAUGGCGAGAUGGUGAAAUGCGUGCUUGAUGCA